AUGCAAGCCGACGGCAGAUUAUAUACUCUUGACAACGAGGCUCCCGUGAAAUGGAACGCGAACCAGGAGAAUACUCUGCUUCGGGACUCCACUCAGUUCUCACGCCUAUUUGACGCAUCUCUCACUGCUGCCAACCUGACUGAGCGUGUCCGAGGCGCGUACGUACAGUACUUGUGGCUGCCCGAGGCAAUUAUGCCUCUAUCGCGCUUCGUGCCACAUCUGCGCAGACUUGCCGCCAGCGAGCCAACUUCCUCGUCAGCAAAUGAUAUCCACCCAUUGCAUCCUGCUCUCGACGCCAUCUUACUCACGAGCCGAUGGUGCACGUACAAGCAUCAUGAUCUGCUGUCGCAAGAUACGACACGGACGUCUGCUGGUGAUGAAGCCAGUUUGAUGGCCUGGGCGCUGGAGAAGGCGCCUGCACCGGUCGGCGCCGAAGACGAAUCUCUUCCACCUGAUCCAAUCGCCCGUCAACUCGAGGCAGAGCAGCGCGAGGUCCAGAUUCAGAUCCUCCUGCACAUGCUGAAGCUUAGUCUUCAGGGACCCUGCACAUCCCCUCCCAUCCGACCUUUACCGUUGUCGAGGACUGAGCAGCGCCGUCGUCGAAAUAAGCCAUCUUCCGUCAGCGAUACUGAAGGCACGCCGGAGGAAAUGAUCGAAGAGCGCCUUGAGGGUCUCAUGGACCGGCUCAUGCUGUGGCAAUCAUCCCUUCCGGUGGAAGAUGAGGGAAAGGCCGAAGACAGCACCGGCGAGCCUUUUCGGGACUGGACUCAAUCUUUCUACGAUGAUAUCGUAUGCCCAGAAUUCGCGCAUAAACUCCCGGAUCUUUGCCGCCUCUUUCGAGUAAAGGUCUUUCGUCUACCGCAGUGGUCUGAGGCCGAAGAGGAGGCGGACGAUCCGCAGACGUCCGUGUCUGUGCUCAAAGCUAAAGCGGCCCCGCCCAUCCACCCCUUUUUCCGACAGGCGUCGAGUAAAUCAAGCGGCUCUCAUGACCCUUCUCGUGCCCCCUCUCGCUCUCGCUCUCGUUCACGCUCACUCUCCGUCUCCCUCGCUCAGGAGGCACAAGAAGAGGAACUGCGUCGAGUCAGCAGUCAUAGAAGUAAACGUGGUCUGGAUCGCGAAUGGAGUACCAGCCGAAGCCUCAAAGGGAACAGGUCUCAGUCGCAGACCCAGACACAGCAGGUGGGGCCAAUUCGAACCGUCGAAACUGUCGUGUCAGACGAUAGACGAAGUGAUGGGCCACUCGUAUUGGUCGAGAGCACGCCGAGGAAGCCGAAGAAGCGCGCUCGUCUGAAUGAGGGCGAUGAUGAGAGCGAUCGUGCCUAUGGAAGGUCUGCCGUGCUCGUAACGAGCACGCCUGUCAAGUCGAGGGUUCGCCAGGGGACGCAGUCGAAAGAUGGGUCCGGUCCGUACGAUAGCGACAGUACCGGGGAUGGGGCUUCAAGCGGGGAUGAAUGCAGCUGA